AUGUCCGAGCCCGCCCGCACCGGCCGCUCCGCGCCGCCGCCCGGCAUGGCCCGCCCGCCGCUGCCCGCCGCCGCGCUGCUCGCCGCCGCCCUGCUGCACUGCGCGCCCGCCGCGCCCGCCCGCCGCCACAAGCCGGACAUGUCUCGAAAACAUCACACCUGGAAGGAGCAGACUCCCUGGCUUUCAUCCCUGGUGGGGACUGGUGUGCCCACCAAGGGCUUCCCCAUGGGUGUGGAUGAGCAGGCAGCACGCUGGAACCCGCCCCGUUGCGGUGUGCCAGACUUCCCGGUGCUGCCGGACGGCCAGAACGGGCGCAACCGGCAGAAACGCUUCGUCCUUUCAGGGGGACGCUGGGACAAGACCGAUCUCACCUACAAAAUUAUCAGAUUCCCAUGGCAGCUUGUAAAAACCAAGGUGAGAAGGACCAUCGAGGAGGCUUUGAAAGUCUGGAGUGAUGUGACACCACUGACCUUCACUGAGGUUCAGGAGGGCCGGGCUGACAUUGUCAUUGAUUUCACAAGGUACUGGCAUGGAGACAAUUUGCCCUUUGACGGGCCCGGAGGGAUCCUGGCACACGCGUUCUUUCCCAAGACGCACCGGGAAGGAGAUGUCCAUUUUGACUAUGAUGAGACCUGGACGAUCGGGAACAACCUGGGCACUGACCUCCUCCAGGUGGCUGCUCAUGAGUUUGGCCACGUGCUGGGCCUGCAGCACACAACUGUCUCCAAGUCACUGAUGUCUCCUUUCUACAUCUUCCGCUACCCACUGAGCCUGAGCGAGGAUGACAAGCAAGGUAUCCAGUACCUCUAUGGGAAACCCAAACCAGAUCCCGACCCAACCCCAACACAGCCAGCAGAGCUGCCCCAGCCAGACCUUGAAACAAAUGAGAUCACCAACGUGGAGGCUGUGCAGCCCGAUGCCUGUGACACAGCUUUUGACGCCGCAGCCACCAUCCGGGGAGAGCUGUUCUUCUUCACAUCUCGCUACGUGUGGCGGCUCCGAGCUGGAAAGCUGCAGGAUGGCUACCCAGCUCUGGCCUCACGUCACUGGCAGGGGAUCCCAAGCUCCGUCGACGCCACCUUUGAGGACCCUCUGGGCAAUAUCUGGUUUUUCCAAGAUUCUCAGUACUGGAUUUAUGAUGGCGAGAGACGAGUCUCUGGUCCCACCCCAACUGUGGAGCUGGGCCUCCCUGCUUCCCCCGUGCAGGCAGCUCUGGUGUGGGGGGCUGAGAAGAACAAGAUCUACAUCUUCAGUGGAGGCAACUACUGGCGCUUCAACCCUCGCACGCGCCAGGUGGACAACAUCUACCCCCGGACCAUGGCUGACUGGCGCGGUGUCCCACAGGAGAUUGACGCUGCUUUUCAGGAUGAGUUUGGUUUUGCCUAUUUCCUGAGAGGCCGAGACUACUGGAAGUUCGACCCCGUCCAGGUGAAGGUGCUGGAGGGCUACCCACGCCAGAUCAGCCAGGACUUCUUCAGCUGCACACCUUCCUCCAACUCCUUCAGAUGAAGGAGCAUCCCUCGCUCUUCCCUUCCAUCCU